CUAGAUUGCCUUGGGUCAACAGUGUUUUCACCAAUCAAAGCAGAUGUGACUGGCAACAUCACUAAAAUCAAGAAUGUGUAUGAGACGAAUCCCACAAAAUUCAGAACAUUACAACUAAUUCUGGAAGGAGAGAAAGAACAAUAUGGCACUGAGUGGCCAAAUGUUGGGGCUACAUUGGCGCUAAUGUGGCUAAAAAGGGGUCUGAAGUUCAUACAAGUUAUGCUGCAAAGCAUCGCAGAUGGGGAGCGGGAUGAUUCAAACCCAAACCUCAUUCGAGUCAAUGCUACAAAAGCAUAUGAGUUGACCUUGAAGAAGUACCACAGCUGGAUUGUACAAAGACUUUUUUCUGCCGCAGUUUAUGCCGCACCAUAUAAAUCAGACUUUAUGAAGGCCCUGUCGAAGGGCAGAGAGGUGAAAGAAGAAGAAUGUAUAGAGAAAAUCAGGCAGUUUUUAGUCAACUUCACUGUGACUAUUGAUGCAAUCUAUGAGAUGUACACCAAAAUGAAUGCAGAGUUGGAUUACAAGGUCUAACACUUGCACUGUCUGCCUUUCUUAGUCUCUUCUCACCCUUUUCUCAGCAAUAAAUUAGCUAAUCACUGUGAUUUUGAUAACUUUUUAGGUUGCUGUUUCUACAGGGUAAUGGUCAUUAACCAGCAGUAGUUAGUGUGGAAUUUGGCAGAGGAGACACUAAGAUGGUGUGUACUCCUGAACCUUAACACUGUAAUCACAUUCAAUUAAAUCACAACAGAUCAGGUCCAUCCAUCCUCUACAUCCUACUAGCUAUUGGUUUCUUUGAUUUGAUAGUGCAGGGUGUAUUGUUUUCUAAUGUGAAUUUCCUUUGCUUGUAUUAACAGAUCAUCUAACAGAGCUAGUAGGAACUGCAGAUGCUGGAGAAUCUGAGAUAACAAGGUGUAGAGCUGGAUGAACACGCAGCAGGCCAAGCAGCA